AUGCGUGUCAACGUCAAGGUGCAUGGUCUGCAGUUUGUGGUGCCCUGUGGUGAAGGAGGUCAAACCUGUCGCUGGCUCGGGCUAGUUGCUGCUCAGCGGUACGCUCUUGUUGCACCGCACGGUCGCUGUCGCACACGCGAGGAUGCUCAUAUCAAACAAGGAUUCUUCCUUCCUGCUGGUAUCGUCAAGCUGAACGGCCAAGUGUUGCGUCCGGAGAAGCGCAUUGUCGACGUUUGCAAGGAUAACGAAACCUUGACUGUCCGACUGCAGCAAGAAGUGACUGUGAAUGAGAUCGGUACACCUCAAUUCACAACGUGGACGACGAAUGCGUUCUUUCCUUCGCAAAAGCGCGUUGAUUUUCCCGAUGCUGCUGAUGCUAAAGCUGACGUUAAGAAGACAACGUCGGAUGGAACUUCAUCUUCGGCUGAAGAAAUGAAGCAAUAUGCGCGUGCUGAGAUGCUGCAACAAGUGAAUUCAGGGCAAUUCUUGUCCGACAUGGAGGUGGAGGCUGCGUUCCUGUACGACUGGAGUCGUAUUCACCUUGAAGAGAUUGAAAAGGACCCUCAUGAACGCGAACUCCUUCAAGAGUUGCUGCUGUCUUGUUUCUCCGAGCUCAACGCGGGGUACAUGCAUUACGCUACUGGUAGCAGUGAGCUCACGUACGGCAUGAACGGGGCCGAGUUCGUACACUUCCUUCAUGAAUGCGAACUAGCACGACUCCAUGAUGUUAACGCCCAGAAAACCGUGGAGAAGGUGGUCUCGCAGUGUUUACGCCGCGACACACUUGUUGCGAUGCAUGAUCGUGGCACAUUGUCUCGAGUUGGCUAUAUCCAUGCAUUGCUAAGGGUGGUGCAGGCUAUGGAGACGUCGUCUACGAAAGAUAUCUUUAGUGAACAUUUGGACAACAUUCUCAAGACCCAAGUUCUUCCCACUAUCACUCGACUUACAAGCGGACCUUUCCGAGAUCACUCACACCAUGAUAAAAUGGUGGCGACUUUCCAGGAAGCCAAGCCGAAGCUCCUCAAGCUAUACCUAAAAUACGCCCAAGAACAUGCUUCGAAGCAAGCUCCUCGGAAGAAAAGCGACAAUCCAGAGGCGGCCGAUGCGUCGGUCUCCACACCUUCGCCGUGUUCACCCAUUUCAUCAACUUGGCCACAACUGCUCUCAGCGGUAGGAUUGAGGAGCAUGUUAUACGACUGCGGCAUGUUCUGCUCCGGCACUCCCGAGGAACAGGAAACGCUCUUUGAUCGUGCUGUGGAGCAAAGUUUCUCGGGAAUGCGAGAGGUGGAGCGUAUCGAAGAUCGGAUGGUGGUCUUCAGCGAGUUCCUGGAGGUUACCGCUCGAGUUGCUUUGGCCGUACUUGACAGCGAAAAUGAGUUGCCACCUCGAGAUGCCAUUAAACUUGCGCUGGAAGCUGUGUGCAGCCUGCCACUAAAGAGUGAAGCCAUAAAAGCGAGGAAGUAAAGUGGCCGCAGUAGAAGUACGCAACGACGUGUUCAAUGUCUCAUCGAAGCUUGCAUGUCCUGUUUGCGGCCACGAAUAAGAUGAAGGUACGUAACUUACGUCGUAAGUGCACCCACGUACUGUACGCCAACUUGCAACAAAACUCAAAAAUAAAUGAAAACUAAAUAUUU